GAGGACAGUGGCACACACAUUCCACUGGGUGAUGCUGUGUCCGUGCCAGGGCCGGGCUGGCACAGAUAACAAAGGCUGGACUCUCACCCUGGACACGGAUCCUGAUCCCACGCUACUUCCCAAAUCCGACGGUGGCCGGUGCACCUUUUGGCGUUCCCGGAGCCCAUCCUGGCCCCGUUUGCCCCCCGGAGGAGCCCAGCACGCCCGGGGAUCGCUGCAACACUGGGAAUUUUUUUUCUCGAGCAGGAAGCUGAAACAUUUCCUCCUCCAGCGGGGCCGCCGGUUGCCGAGCGGGUUUUGCAAUCCAGUUUCUUCUCGCUGCCAGCCCCGACAGGUCCCGGCCGGGUGGUUUUUGGCAGCGCUCGCGGCUCGGUCCAUGCGCAGCCUUCGCGUGGUGCUGCCGGCGAGGUUGGAGCUGCCCAGGGGAACAUCCUUGGCCGGCGUUUCCCUGCGCCUUGCCAGGCGAGGACGGAUCAAAGGCUGGGAUUUGGUGGCCAGCGGCCCCCGGGGUGACCCCUGUGCUUCCCGCUGGAGAUGCAGAGCACCCCCAACUACCUCUGGAGCACCGAGGACCUCCUGGGCCAGGGAGCCACAGCCUGCGUCUACAAAGCUCGCAACAAGAAAUCAGGGGAGCUGGUUGCUGUGAAGGUGUUUAACAAUGCCAGCUACCUCCGGCCCCAGGAGGUCCAGAUGAGAGAGUUCGAGAUGCUGCGGAAGCUGAACCACAAAAACAUUGUAAAAUUAUUUGCCGUGGAGGAGACAGGCAGCAGCAAGCAGAAGGUGCUGGUGAUGGAGUACUGCUCCAGUGGCAGUUUGCUGAACGUGCUGGAAGACCCAGCAAACGCCUUCGGCUUGGCCGAGUCCGAGUUCCUCAUCGUGCUGCAGUGUGUGGUGGCAGGGAUGAACCACCUCCGUGAGAACGGCGUUGUCCACAGAGACAUCAAACCCGGGAACAUCAUGCGGCUGAUGGGGGAGGACGGGCAGAGCGUCUACAAACUGACCGACUUCGGGGCCGCCCGAGAGCUGGAGGACGAUGAAAAGUUUGUGUCUGUCUAUGGGACGGAGGAAUAUCUCCACCCCGACAUGUACGAGCGGGCCGUCCUGCGCAAGCCGCAGCAGAAGGCGUACGGGGUCACCGUCGACCUCUGGAGCAUCGGGGUCACCUUCUACCACGCUGCCACCGGCAGCCUCCCCUUCGUCCCCUUCGGGGGGCCCCGCAGGAACAAGGAGAUCAUGUACAAAAUCACCACUGAGAAGCCUCCUGGAGCCAUUGCAGGGAUCCAGAGGCAGGAGAACGGGAACAUCGAGUGGAGUUACGAGCUGCCCAUCACCUGCCGCCUCUCCGUGGGGCUGAAGGACCAGCUGAUCCCCAUUUUGGCCAACAUCCUGGAGGCUGAUCAGGAGAAAUGCUGGGGAUUCGACCAGUUUUUUGCAGGAACCAAUGACAUUUUGCACAGGAUCGUGGUGGACGUGUUCUCCCUGCAGCAGGCUUCCUCCCACCGCAUCUACGUCCACUCCUACAACACUACCACCAAGUUUUUAGACGCUGUCUUCAAACAAACGAACAUAGUCCCUCACCAUCAAGAAUACUUUUUUGAAGGACACCUGUACGAGCUGGAUCCUAAUCUCCAAGCUCACAAUUUCUGCAAAACCACAGAGAGCAACCCCCUGACCUUGCUGAGCACAGCUGAGCACCCUGAGGACGUGGUGGGGGUCCGGUACAGAGACCCGGCACUUGAGUUCCCGAAGUUUGUCCCCAAGGUGGACGUGGUGGCCGACUGCAGCGCAGCCAAGAGCGCGGUGGGCGCCGCACACCAGACCCUGCGCAUCGGGCAGGCCCUGCGGCGCGGCCGGGAGCUGCUGGCCAGAGGCCUCCACUGGGUGAUAGGGGACCUGAAAACAGAGUGCUCAAGGAUUUUGGAGCAGAGGAGGGGGGCUCUCUCAGUGCUCAGCUGCCUGCAGCUCACCGAGGUGAAGACCCGUGUGCUGUACGAGGCUGUUCCUGCAGGCAGUGGGGUGCCAGCUGUGAUGGACAUGGCCAUGGUGAAGACAAGGCUGCAGAGGGUCGCAGAGGAGCUCUCUCAGUGCUCCCACAACAUCUUUGACUUCCAAGGGGCACUGGAUGGGAUUUUGUCCGAGCUGGUGAAGGACAGGCAGCAAGUGCACGAAGACAAAAGCAUCCAGCAGAUCGAGUGCUGCCUGGAGAAGAUGCAGCUGAUCUACAAGCAGUUCAAGAAGGCCAGGACGUGUCUGAGGCUGGGCUACAAUGAGGAACAAAUUCACAAGCUGGAUAAGAUGAAUUUAGGGAACCUGGCCAGGAAGGUUCUGUCCAUUUUCCAGAAUGAUUGUGUCAAGCAGUACCAGGACGCCCUGGCCCUCCACAGCAGCAGGAUGAGGAAAGUUUGUGAGAUAAAGAAGCACCUGAAGAGGCUCAGCAACCGCAUCAGCACGUGCAGUGUGGAGAUGAUGGAGUGCCAGGACUGCCUGCAGGGCGCUCUGGACAGGUUUCUCCAGAUGGAGAAAUGGAGUUUGGCCCCAGUUCCUCCCGUGCCUUCCCCCGUCCAUCCGAGCCCGGCGUGCCAGGAGAUGGCUCUUCGGAUGCAGGAGCUGCUGGAGCAGAUGAGGUCAGUAAGUUGUGAUCUCCAGUUCAACAACAGCAUCAUCGAGCGGUUGGGAGGGGCUGCUCCCACCCCUGGAGUUUGAGGGACGUGGGGAAUGUGCAGCUGCUGAAGCAAAACCACCUCCCAGCACGGGGAAACCCCAGCACUUGGGGAGCCAUCGGGCACUGGUGUUUGAGGAGCUCUCUGUGUCCUACCUCUCUGCCCCAGCACUUUUGCACGUUCACCAGCAUUAGCUCUGAGUGCCUUCAGCCUCUGGAAGUCUGACCAGAACAUUGAGUGGGGUUUCAUUUUUCUUCAUUUUUAAAAAGUGCUUGAAGGACUCUGUGGUGUUCUGGCUUCUCUGUAUCACCGUGUCAGAUGAAGAAGAGGCUAGACCUUUUGUCUUCUUACUUAUUUAGGGAUUAUUCCCACUUUUAACCUACUUCUUCUCCCUGGGGCUUCAUGGAGUGGGGCAGGAGGGAUUGCUGAUGGAUGAGAGACUGGAUCCAGCCCAGGAGGUGAUGGCACAGAGAAUGUGGGAGUCACAAACCUCUGCCCCUGGGCACUGCAGCUUCUACUCCCACUGCAGGGCUUCUCCUCAGCCCAGCCCCGUGCUUGGGCUGCUGAGGGCUGUGGGAGGGGGAAGCCAAGGGAGGCUUCUCCUUUUUGGUACAUUUCUAUAAAUAUAAUCUCGUUCUGUGGAUGCACGUGAGGGUUGUGCCUUCUCCAAACAACCCUGGACUCAAAACGUGGCUCCAGCCACCGAACCCGGGGGUGCUACUGAAUGCCAAGGCAAAAUCUCAGAUGAAAGGACUCCCCCGAGCCCUCUCCAGCCACACCACUGCAGGAGAAAGUGGGGAUAUUCCUUUUUCUUUUAGAUAAAAGACAGAAAGACAUCCCAAGCAGCCCCCCCUGCCUUUGACAUGAAGGAUGUUUUCACAUGUGGGGGUGGCAGAGCAGGGAUGGGGACAGGAGGGACUCCAGCUGUGAGGACUUGGAGCUGCCUUGGGAAUGGCAUUCCCAAAACUUCACUCCUGUUAUGCUCCAGAGAAAUGAGGCUGGAGAGGAAACACAUUACCCUGUCCUUGUUGUCCCUCAGGGCAGCACACAGAGAACUGUGGGAGGACCCUGGUGGCAGGGCUGUCCCAGCUUUUCCUACUGGUUUGUGACCUUGGGUUUGAUGAGGAGCUGUAAUCCCCUGGAUGUCAGCCAGCAGCAGCAUGAGGAGCAGUGAUAUGGGAUGCCUGGGAUCUCGAGAGCAUUAGAUGGUAUCAGGGAGAUAUUUGUGGGAAGGGUCAGUCACACCUUCCCCCAUCCACCUCUCCCUGCCCAUCCCCAGCAUGAUUUAUGGGCUGUCACCCCAAUCCCACCCCCCACAUCCCAUCCUGCAGCAGAGGGGAGCAGCAUUCCAGCUGCACCCAAAGCUGGGCACAGCGACAGCUCCCAUCCCACUGGGAUCAGACAUAGGGAUUUACACCUGGGGGCUCCUGGCACAUCAGUGGGCACAUUGCCUUGGCUCUCCCCACCCCUCCCUGGCACACACCAGUGCAAAGACACAACAGUCCCUGCCCUGGGCUCUCUGGGAAGCUCUGGCCCCCCAAAUCCUCCUGCUGGGGAAGGGGCUGCAUUGCUGGGGCUCACAGUGGCAGCAGACAGGCCUUGGGAAGCUCAUGCCCCCCAGGUUGCACUGGUGGGGGGUGUUAAAAGAUGUUGGGAUUCAUUCCUGUCCCCUGCACAAAGCCCUUCCCUUUGUGUAAGCCUGGUUACUCCAGGGUGCAAACUGGGACUGGCUGCUGGGGAUAAAGGAGGCUGGAGGAGGGACUGGGGAUCUGGGAUUUUGGGCAGCAUCAGCACCAGCAAAAUCCGAGGGUGGGGGACCCUCUGCAGCUCCCAGGGACUGACUGUGCAUCUGGAAGGAGAGGCUGGGCCAUCAGCCAGGCAAGCAAACCUGUCAGAGUCAGCAGUGGGGAUGCUCAGAGGGCCUGCCCGGACCUGCCCUCCAGGGAAAACAGAGCACCCUGCUCAGCCCUUCGCCUUUCCUCCAGUUCCCUCCCCAGCACCUCUUCUGGAGGUGACACCUGAGCCAAACCUCCAGCUGAGUCUGGGCCUGAUGUGGCUGUUCUGGCUGUCCAAGGGUUGCCCCCAGCCUGAGAACCAGGAUUCAGGUUAUCUGGCAGUGCCCAGGGGUUGAGAGACAGCAAAGACAGGGCAAGGAGCUGCCUGCUGUGGAUGCUCCUGGGAUGGACCCAGAAGCAACCCUUUCUAAUCUCUGCUGGGAGACAGAAUCGUGGGAUAGUUUGGGUUGGAAGGGAUCUUAAACACCAUCUCAUUCCAAACCCCCUGCCAUGGGCAGGGAAACCUUCCACCAGCCCAGGUUGCUCCAAGCCCUGUCCAACCUGGCCUUGGACACUCCCAGGGAUGGGGCAGCCACAGCUUCUCUGGGCACCCUGUGCCAGGGCCUCCCCACCCUCACAGGGAAGAAUUCCUUCCUAAUUUCCUAAAUAAUAUAUGGGGACACAGGGCAAAAUAGUGCAUCCCUGGAGCUGAACAUCUUGCUGCCCUGAGCCUCAGCAAGGGAACAAAGGGGAACCAGGAGCAGCAGCUGCAGGGCUGUGCCCAGCUUGACUUUCUUGUAGGAACAUGCCAAGGGUGCCCAGGAGCUCCCCCCGCCCAGGAAACCUUCCCUGGUGGAAUUUGGCACCAAACCUUGCCAUUUGUUUUAAUUAUAAAGACCAACAUCCUGAAUGUCAAACUCAUCUAUUUACUGUGGAGAGGUGGAACUGAGCCAUCGCUUAAAAGCUUUUCUCCUACAAAUUAUUUUCCAGGAUCCUCCUGGUUUUCUAAUGAAUGUGAUUUUUAAUCCAGCUCGAAUUCGCUGAUAUUCCCUGUAGGAAUGGGGCAGGAAGCCCAGGCAGGGUCUCCUGCUGCACUUCCUUGGAUUCAGUGGAGCUGCACUGACUCGCACCAGCUGAGAGUUUGACCUGGAACAUGUUUGGCUUCCACAGAAAGGGAUUUAUUUCUUGGCAAAAAGAAAAAAGAGUUUUUGCUAAUAGCCCUUGUCAUGCUUAAACUGCCGUAACACAGCAGCUGCAAAGGGGACUCCUGGAAUCCAAAUGAAAUGGGAAUUUUCCUGCCAGUGUUAAUUAGAUGGGUGGUUUUUUCCCUCCCUAAUAUUUUAACCCAUGGCCUAAAAGAGCUUCAUGUGCUGUCAGCCCUGAAUACCUGCAGAGACAGAUGAGAAGGAUAAAGACUAUGACAGGUCUCUUGAGCCAGAUCUUCCUAUGGGGACGGAAAAUAUUACAUUUAUUUAGUAUUUAUGUGCCCUGGUGCUGCAGAAUGGAGACUGGAACUGUGUCCUGGAAUUGCACUGGGAAAACAAAAGUCCAGAAUGGCUUUAACAGGUUCCCAGCCAGGUGCCAGGUAGACCUUUGCCCUCAGAAAGGUCAUUUCCUUUCUUGGAGGUGAUUCCUGAUACAAUUAACAGCCCGAGGAGAACGUAGGAUAAAACUCCAGGUUUUUGUGAAACAAUUUACUGAGGAAUAAAUCUGCUGCUGUUCUCUGGCACGAGCAGGAGGCAUGAAAGUGAAUCAGGAUCCUGAAUGGGGAAGAAAAAAACCUUCCAAAAAUUAAUCUUGCUGCUUAGCACAGAAUAAAGCUGCAUUUUUUCAAGCUGCA